UAACAGAGGGGGCUUCCCAAUUCUGCUUUAGGACUGGACACACCGCACCUUACAAGAAACUAAAGUUUUAUUUCACAAGGAAAGGGGUCUUUGUGAUUCAUCCCGCACAACAUGUUUUCAGUUUGUUGGAGGUCUGGAUACACUCGAAUCAGGGGCUCCUACACAUCCACCCAUAGAAAGCAGAAUGAAAAAUCUGAAGAUGUGGAAGAUGGAACCAAUCACAGAGUACCCAGCAAGGUGAAGAGGGUCCCCUCAGGAACUCAUGAAAGUCUGGACUACUUACCUUCUCACAGUGAAGUCUACAAAACUUGGCUAAAAUUGAAGCCCCACAGGUCUGACUGGGAUCGCUGGCUGAUGAUGGGAUUCAUUGGAAUUGUGGUGGGCACAGCAGGAUUCUUUAUGCACCAAAUAUUAGACACCUGUUUUGAAAAGAAGUGGGAACUUGUUGAAAGCUAUAUCAGGCAUGGUGAUUUCUGUACAACAUGGCUUUUUGUACUUGGCAUUGGAUUUGCAAUGGUUAUUGGUGCAUCUGGUCUAGUUGUGUUUUUAUGUCCAGCCUCAUCCCCAAGUGGCCUCCCGGAAGUCAUUGGCUAUUUAAAUGGCGCAGCAAUGAGACUCAUCUUUAACUUAAGAACUUUUAUUGGGAUUUUUUUCUCAUGUGCCUUAUCGGUGUCAGCAGGACUUUUUUGUGGACCAGAAGCACCAAUGAUCUAUAUAGGAGCGGUGGUUGGAUAUGGUUUAAGCCAGUUUAAGUCUGACACAUUGCGGAUAAAUCUCCCAUUUUUUACAAGGUUUCGAAAUUCAGCAGAUAGGCGGCAAUUUACUACAGCUGGUGCAGCAGCUGGCAUCGCUUCUGUAUUUCGUGCUCCCGUUGGUGGGCUUCUCUUUGCUCUAGAGGAGGUGGCAUCUUUCUGGGACAUUAAGCUGGCCUGGCAAACAUUCUUUUGCUGUCUAAUAGCAACAUUUACUACUGAGGUUCUCUCUUCUUCAUUUGGGGGAUUUGAAUAUCAAGGCUAUUUUGGUUUUUUCAAAGCAGAGCAAAGGAUCCUAUUCUGGGUGAAAAACCUACUGGAUAUGAGUGUUUUGGCCUUUAUCCCCAGUAUUAUCCUUGGCAUUAUUGGUGGCUUACUGGGUGCUCUGUUUGUGUUUCUGAAUGUGAAGAUCAAUAAAUUACGUAUGAAGAUAUUUAAUUCAAUUUCUAUCAAACUUUUAAGACAGCUAAGCAAGAUCCUUGACACUUGCUUAAUAUUGGUAGUAACUAUUACUAUUACAGUCUAUCUGCCAUAUCUCUUCUCAUGUACUCCAGAUCCAACCUCGUUCCAUAUUACAAACUCAUCUCAUGACACACAUGAAUUGUGGGAUGUCUCUGAAUACAACUGCCCAGCUGGGUCCACGGUUCUGACAUCAGAUGGAUUUCUAAACCCAAAUCGUACUAUAAAUCAAGCUGCUGCUCUUCUAGUUAAAAAUGGGAAACAAGGGAUUAUGCUUUUGUAUCAACGUGGAACUCAUGAAAAAUUUGGAUUUCCUGCACUGUUUAUCACUCUUGUAUUCUACUUUAUUAUUUCCUGCUGGACCGCUGGAACUGCGGCUGCAACUGGGCUUGUUGUACCCAUGCUGUACACAGGUGCCUUGUUUGGCAGGAUUGUUGGGUUAAUCAUGGUGUACUUGUUUGGAGUCCAAACUGAUGAGUAUGGUGCAUGGAUUGACCCUGGGCUGUUUGCAGCAAUUGGUUCAGCUGCUUAUUUUAGUGGUGUUUCCAGACUGACCAUAUCACUCACUGUUAUCAUGGUGGAAAUAACAAAUGAUGUACAGUCGAUCCUGCUGAUAAUGGUGGCUGUGCUGGUUGGAAAAACAGUCGGAGACUUCUUCAACCAUUCUCUCUUCAGCUCUUUAUUGCAUCUUAAGUGUAUCCCACAUUUGGUGGCUGAACCCUGUGUUGUCCAUGGUAAAAAAAAAGUAAACCUGGAACUCUUUACUGCUAGAGAUGUCAUGCAACCUUGUACAGUUAUUCACUUACGGGAAAGUGUCUCUGUGUUGGCGGAGCUGCUUACUACCAACAGUCACAAUGGCUUCCCAGUUGUCCAUAGCCCCGCACCAGGCCAGGAUGAGGUAUUUUUAGGAACGAUUACAAGGUUGGAGCUGUACAUGCUUCUUUCCAACAGUCAUAUAUUUCAAACAGAGGAGGAUAGUAAUACAUGCAAAGCUGUACUUAAUUACCAAGAGGUAACGGUGGAAAAGCUGCCUGAUGAGGCUCGAAUGAACACAUUGCUUCACAAAUACUCUACAGACCCUCAGUAUCAGCAACUCUUCAUCAAUCUGGAGCCAUAUAUUAAUAAAUCUGCUGUCUCUGUACAAGCUCAUUUCUCACUUCAGCGGGCUUACAUUGUGUUUCGAACAUUGGGACUUCGCCAUCUCAUAGUUGUAGAUCUUCAGAACAAGGCACUUGGAAUGAUCACCAGGAAAGAUCUCAUAUCUCUGCGGCUGGAGAAGAAGUUGAUUAAAUUGGACUCUGGAAAACUGGAUUCAGAUGAAGAGCUGUUACAAUAAAAUAAGGAAGAGGUAUUCUGAGGCCACAGUGAAUGAAGUGGAAAGUAUAGGGAUAUUCAUCCUUACAGUAGUUGAGAUUACUGGUGAAUGAUGAUAAUAAGUAUGACACAACUUUUUGUUACAAAAGCUAGAACAUAUUUUAUGACUUUUUUUAAAAUCUGAUUUGGAUCGAAAGUGAAAAAAAUACUGUAUAUCAAAAACGACUGUAUCAAAACAGAGCAUAAAUAAUUCCUUAUUGUUUUCACAUAUUUCAUAAGGAGUAUCUCAGGCUUUAAAACAAUUAACUUUCAGCUGCAGGUAACGUAACUUAAAGGGGUAUUCCAUGGGAAAAAAAACAUUCUUUUUUUUCAUAUCA